UUCAAGUUAUGUUGCUUCAUCUUUGCUAUGCUCGUUGUUCUAUGAUCGAAAGUGAAGUGGAAGUUUGUACAUGCGGUUACUAGUUUUAUGUGAAAAAUAUAGCUUUUUUGUGUUUUGGUGGAAUUUCUGAUUAGGUUUUGUUGGUCUCUGCGAUGAUCAUUGUUCUAUGAUUGAAAGAAAAGGGGAAGGUCUUACUGGGUUUAGCUAGUUUCAUGUAGAAAAAAAAGAUGGUUUUUUUUUUCUUCAUAUUUUGGUUGAAUUUCUGUGAUGGGUUCAUCCCUACUAUGUUCAUAGUUCUAUGAUUAAAAGGGGAAUGGAGGAAUGAAAAUCCUGAAAGCAAUUAAAAGUUGAUUUUUUUAUUAUUAUUAUUUAUUUUGUACUCUUUACACAUUUGAUGAUAAUGCUUUUAAUUGAAGAACCGUUAGAUUUACAUGGUUAUUAUUGUUUUCAACUUCACCAUUAAUUUGGAAUUCAGAAUAACCAGAUAAGUGACAAUCUUGUAGUUGUGUUUAUUUUUAGCUUAGUAUUUGUAUGUUUUAUCUAAAUCUAAAUGGAAAUGCCCCCUCAAUUUCAGUUUUCUUUGUUUGGCUUCUUUCGUUAAUGUGAUAGCACAACAUUUUCACUUCUGUGAUAAACCAUUUUCAGCAUGCGCUAUUUUUGUGUUCCACAAUUGAGCCUCACAUUCAGAUACUGCUUGCUGAAAUGACAGUAUGAUGUUGAAGCUUGAAGCUAACUCAACUACAUAUCACUUAAAACAAAUUAACAUUACUACAAUUUUCAUUUCUAAUUGAUGGCAUUUCCAUAUUUUUGAACAUGUUUUCAUAGUACAUUAUCUUGUUUCUGGGCUUGCUCACGAGCGUUUUGUGAACAAAGCUCUACCUUUUUUCAAGCAAUUGAUCAUAUUUCCAUAUUUCUUUCUUUCUUUUUACUAUGUCUUCAUAACAGUUCAUUGUAAUAUUUUGGACUAUUUAUCUUUGGUGCCUAGUGGUCUUCUACUUUAUUUUUUUGGCAUAUGAAGUCAUUUUCAUCUACUCAGUUACCUUCCCCCCACCUGAUUUCUGUUAAUGAUUAUAAUACCUUGCAUUUGCGUUUAAAGUGUGUUUCUUUUGCCAUAAACUGCUGAACUUUGUUUGGACUUUGGAUGUUUAUAUAUACUGGUUGAAGUGACCUCUUAUUUGUGGUUCUGUUAUGAUGAGACUCUAAAUUGAGUUUAAAUAUUUUGAUUUAUUUGUAAGUUAAACACUGCCAAGUUUUCUUCUAGUUUAGUGGCUCCAGGUUGGAAAAUGUUAGUCAAGUGCAGCCAUGCAUCAUUUUGCAAUUGGUGUAUUGUACAACUGAGUAUAGCUCGUUGUGCGUUGUGGCAGACAACAAAAUCCUUAGAUACAGUCCUCAUUCUGUUCAAGAACCAUUUAAACCUUGUUGCUUUUCCUUAGCACUAUUUAUUAAUGUUUGGCUUAUUUGUAUUCCUGCCAUGUGUGUCUCUAGCCUUGGAAAGCCAAGCCGCUCUUCUGUUCAAGAACCAUUUAAAGGACCCCUUGAAUUCUUUGGGUACCACUUGACUUGGUCCCAUUGUUAUGCUUCUUUUAACAUAGUGCAACUUGGGGAACUCAGGUCUGGGUGUAAAUGGGGUCAUUUGGUAAUGGCUAGGAAGAAAGUUUCUCUAGGCUCUAUUGUAAAAGAGUCUAGUGAAAAUGAAUCUGUGGUAGAAAAGAAGACAACUAGGUCUCCUGAAGGGAACACUGAUUUGUUAGUAGAUAAAGAUGAUGAUGCUUCCAUUGAAGAAAGAUCACCUGUCUCUAAUGAUGAUUCCAAGAAGAAAACUCGAAGGACUCGAAAAAAAGAUACAUCUAGUUCUGCUGGCUUGGAUGAAGAGAAGGAACUCAAGGUAGAGAAAAAGGUUAGAAGAGGAAGGAGACCUAAAGAGGAGAAUGUAAUUAUUGAGGAUAAAGGUAAUGAAGCUGAAAUCAGUGACCAAGAUGAGCCUUCAUUUAUUGAAACUGUGGAGGAUGAGAGUGAUGUUGGGUUGGAACUGGUAAAAGAUGAUGGAGAGGACAUUAGCUUUUCUUAUGGUUGGCCUCCCCUUGUUUGUUGCUUUGGAGCCGCGCUGCAUGCUUUUGUGCCUUCCGGGAGGCCUGCCAAUAGGCUUAUAGAUUAUGAAAUCCACGAUAGUAUGAAGGAUGUCCUGUGGAGCCCUGAAAAAUUUGUUAGGGCUCCUGGGACCUCCUCGGCUGGUAGUGUUGCCAUUGCUCUUGCAAGCUUGGGUGGCAAGGUUGCUUUCAUGGGAAAACUCGCAGAUGAUGAUUAUGGUCAAGCAAUGCUGUACUAUAUGAAUGAGAAUAGUGUUCAAACCCGAUCAGUCCGUAUAGAUAGUAAAAGGGCAACGGUUGUAUCACUGAUGAAGAUUGGUAAAAGGAGUCGACUUAAAAUGAGUGUUGUAAAACCCUGUGCUGAAGAUUGUUUGACGAAGUCAGAGAUAAAUAUUGAUGUGCUGAAAGAGGCAAAAAUGUUCUACUUCAACACACAUUCACUGCUUGAUCGUAACAUGAGAUCCACUACAUUGCAAGCCAUCAAGAUUGCAAAGUAUUUUGGAGCAGUUGUUUUCUUUGAUCUAAACCUUCCUAUGCCAUUGUGGCACUCUAGGGAAGAAACUAAGAUGUUCAUUCAGCAAGUGUGGAAUCUUGCAGACAUUAUUGAGGUCACUAAGCAAGAAUUAGAGUUCUUAUGUGGGAUCACACCAACUGAAGAAUUUGACACCAAAAAUAAUGCUAGGUCAAAGUUUGUCCACUAUGAACCCGAAGUGGUUGCACCACUAUGGCACGAUAAUCUUAAGGUUUUGUUUGUGACUAAUGGAACUUCCAAGAUACAUUACUACACUAAGGAGCUUGACGGUGCUGUUAGUGGGAUGGAGGAUCCCCCGAUUACCCCUUUCACUUGUGAUAUGUCAGCAUCUGGAGAUGGCAUCAUUGCAGCUCUCUUGCGAAUGUUGACAGUUCAACCUGAUUUGAUAACUGAUAAAGGAUACCUGGAGCAUACCAUCAAGUAUGCAAUUGAUUGUGGGGUUAUAGAUCAAUGGAUCCUCGGUCGAGUACGUGGCUUCCCUCCACGUGAAGAAGAUAUGGAGGAAGUAACCCCUGAUAUAAAUGGUAUAAGGUCAAUUACAGAAACAGAAUACCGCACGAUAGCGCCUGUUGAAAGUUGAUCCAGGUGAUACACUGAGUAGUAUCAGUUUUGUACCUUAUGUUUCUCAAAAUGAAGCUUGCGUCCCUUGUAUAAAAAACUGAGGUGUUUUAUUUAUUUGUUUCUUUCUUUCUGUGUUUUCCAUUGCUAGAGGUUAUAUUAACUUAGGUUUUUGUAUUUCCCAUUUUUUGGUUGUACUAA